AAGAAGCCUCUGCCCUCCCCGGGGAUCCGGGCCACCUGCCACCACCAUGAGGGUCCUCUACCUGCUGCUGCUGGCUCUCGGCCUCUUUUCGCAGCUGGCCACAGAUAUCUUGAAAAGAUCCACAGAGGUGAAGUCCGACCCUCUCUGGCCUCCACUGACCGCCUGAGCCACCAGCACGUCUCCUAAGUGGACAAGCGACCUCUAUUGUAAUGUCCGCAAUGGGAGGGAACCCACUCACUCGUGGGCAACCCUUCCCCUGGCACACUGCCAACCAGCCACCUUGUUCUGACUGGGGAAAGAGCCCAGCUGACUGGCCCAGGCCCACAUUCCGAGACGACCAGUCUCACGUCGCUUCCCACGGACAAGUCCCUGUAUGCAUCACCACAGGUGUUAACCUGCUUACGGGUUUCGGCCAGAGGUCCGACCACUACAUAUGUGUCAAGAAAGGGGGGACCUGCAACUUCUCCUCCUGCCCGCUCUUCCAAAGGAUUGAAGGCACCUGUUACGGCAGAAAAGCCAAGUGCUGCAUCCGUUGACUUUGGGCUGGAGCAUGGGCAGAGGGGACCCAGAAGCCAAGUGAAGUACUUGUAACUGUUGUUUGAAUAAAAGAAGGUUUUUUCGAGGCAUACGUCCUUCAGACCAAAA